AUAUCAAUGUUUUUGUUUAUUUUCUAUAUCGUAACUAGUGUGUCUGUUUACAUUUAAAAUUUGUUUUAAUUUUCAUUUUUUUAAAGAAAUAACCACUAAAUAUAUAGCCUAAAUUAUAACAUUGUUCAAUCGCGCAUCUGUAAAAUCACAUCUAGAAUGAAAGUCUCUGUUUUAUUUUAAAGUUUAAGAGACUGAUACUGUGUAUUCAUAAACUUCAGAUCCUAGAAGUAUUAGAUAUUAAAGGUAACUACGAUGCAAUUAUAGAACCACAGAACUAUUGAAACCAAAGUGGAUUGCUAUGAUCAUUGACAAACUGCUGCAGGAAAGGAAUAGAAUUCAAUUGCAAAGAUAACAAUAAAGGAUUCUUAUGAAAGAUGAUCUUUUGCUUCACCUAUUGUUUGUAAUAUUUGUCUUCCCACGAAAGUGCUUUUGAAUCUUUCUUCUUUUGAUUUUAUCCACAAUUCUGAUUUUUCUCAGAAAUUCCAUGUGCUAUGGAUGUUAUUUUAUCUGAAUUUGUUGCCCACACUUCUGCUGACCCUGGUCUUGCUACUGAUCUUUUGGAAGCUCAUGAUUGGAACAUUCAUUCUGCUUUAUCAGCAUAUUAUGUGAUGAAAGGUCUGUUGCCAGGUGAAGUCCCAUCAUCUGAUCAUCAUGAAAUCUCAUCCCAUAACUCAACACAUUCUGAUGACAGUAAAAUGAAGAAGCCUCCUUUAAAGAAAGUUGCAGCAGUUGAUUUAGAAGAUGGUGAAAAGAAACUCACGAGAGGAAUAUCACGUGCAACAGAGAAUUUUGGUCUUAUCAAUCAAGCGAGAAAAGCGUUUGCUGAAGACUUUGAUUCUGUGGACGGGGAUAUAAAACCUCCUUCCUCACAACUAGAAAUUCCUGAAUAUUCCUUUUCUUUACCUGAUUUCUCAGUUUAUUCUGAAAAUUUAAGGCAGUACCUACACAGAGAUUUGAUUGAGACUGCAACUCUAGUGUCUUUGGAACAAGCUGGAAGACUUAAUUGGUGGUAUACCAGGAAUAUUGGCCGGAAGCUUUGGCCCUUGUCCACUACGGGUGAUGGUAAUUGCCUUUUACAUGCAGCUUCGCUAGGUAUGUGGGGUUUUCAUGACCGAUUGCUAACCUUGAGAAAAGCUCUUCAUUGUAUUUUGACAAACAGUUCUUAUACCGAUGCUUUCUAUAGAAGGUGGAGGUGGCAAACUGCUCUUCAAAAUAAAGAAGCUGGUUUGAUAUACAGCGAAGAAGAAUGGAAAAAAGAGUGGGAAAGUCUUUUGAAACUCUCCUCUUCAGAACCCAGACAAUCCAGUGUUCAAAGAAAUUCAGAAGAACAACUUUGCAGCUCUAGCAGUGGCACUCACAGCAGUGAUGGGCAAUCGGAAGUAUAUGAAAGCCUGGAAGAAAUUCAUGUCCUGGCCCUUGCACAUGUACUCAAGAGAGCUAUCAUCAUCAUAGCGGACACGGUGCUGAAGGACAUUACUGGUGAACCUUUUGCUCCCAUACCAUUCGGAGGAAUCUACCUCCCACUGGAGUGUCCACCCUCUGAAUGCCUCCGCUCCCCUCUCUGUCUCACCUAUGACUCUGCUCAUUUCUCUGCCCUGGUGCCCAUGGAAGAAAAAAAAAGAUGUGAUGAUGAUUCUCAAAUACUGGAUGCUGUUGUUCCAGUGACUGAUCCAGACAAUAAAUUGCUGCCUUUACAAUUUGCUGUAGACCCUGGUCCAGAGGUGAGAUGGGGUCAGGAUGAGAAUGAUUCGUGGGUGAUUGCUAGAUUGACCCUAACAGAUAAAGAGAAAUUGAUGCGCUUGAGUGAGUUUUUGGACAUCCAGAAUAUAGAGGUUAUUGAGGAUAAAGAAAUGAACAACCAUUCAUCCGAUAAUAAUAAGAGCGUCGACCCUUACGAAUCGGACGACAGUGCCACCGACGGUGGAAUCUCUUGUACCGGUGGCAAAAACAAAAAGAGUAAAGCGGCUAAGCAGUUCCAGACCGUUGCAAAGCAGUUUGGUAGUCUGGGUCGAAGCAUGAGUAAAAAACUGAAGAACAUUGCAAAGAGGAGCGGAUCUUUCAAGGGUGAAUCCACCACUUUCAAACGUACGUCUGCAGGUCUGAAAAAUAAAAGAACAUUGAGCGGUUUGCCUAUGAUGUCUCAGAACUCAAACACAGGAGGCAGCUUGAGUCCACGACAGGUCGUAGUAGCCUGCCUGAACAUGGAGAAGAAACACGAGCACCAAAAGAAACUCAUUCAGAAUUACCUCACCUCAGCUAUUGACAGAUAUCAUAGCGGUCAGCAGCUCAAAGGAUCUUUCGGUAAACUUUCGGCACCCGCCUGCAUCAAUUCCGGUUGCUCCAGGCCGAGUACACCCUCUACCAGCUACUUGUGUUCCGAUUGCUAUGUGAAGCAAAAGUACGAGGAGAUAGAAUUUCAUGGCCAGAAGCGUGAAUUCAACAAUGGCCCUAUUGUUGUCUCUGGAAAAUCAUCAUUUUAUACCGAAAUAGAUAAAACCAUGAGGGACUGUGUUGAGAAACUCCCUAUAACCAGUGUUCAUCGUUUAACCAAUGGGUGUAAAAAUUCUAUAUUCUAUGAUACCCCCUACUCUUCCUAUCCCCAUUCUAAUUACCAAAAUGGAUCUGUUAAUCGUGAUUCCUCAUCAAUUCUGAAAGUUAUAGAUGAAUCAUCUUAGUGCAUUUCAUCAAAAUUAACCUCACAUCAUUCAUUAUUCAAAAUUAUGGAUAAAUCAUCUUAGAGCAUUUCAUAUGAAUUAAUUACUCGUGCCUUUGUUUCUGUUGAAUAAAUUAAUGGGAGCUUUAACGGGAUUGUUCUCUGUGGCUUUAAAUUGUGAAUAAAGCAAUAAUAAUCCACUAAUGUCAGUAAUUCAUAUUGAAGUCAAGAACCAGUAUUUGGUGCAGAAAUACCAAGUAUUGAUCUUUAAGAAAACUUUCCUUUUUUUAUUUUACUUUAUAGAUAAACCUAAAUACUUAAUUGAUUACUGAACUUUCAGUAGUGUUAUCUGAUGUCUAUUCAAAUUUUAUGUUUGGCAAUAUGCAUAACUUUCUUGUCGUUUUGUUACCAUUAAUUGUUUAUAUCCAAAAAUCUACAUUCCCCUAUAGUUCCUUUUGUUUACUAAUAUAGUUAUCUAUACAGAUUAUUUUAUUGCAUUUUCAAAUAGAUGUUAUGUUAGUGUAAUCUAAGAACGUCUAUACUUGUUGAGUUUAUAAAGUUUAUUAAAUUGAAUUCAUGUUUAUAACUAAUUAUGUUAUGCAAAAAUUUUCAUUUGAUUUUGAUUUUUUUUAACCAAAUUUUUUUGUUGAUAAUGUAAGGGAAAAUUGUUGUUUCAUAUAAACAUUGUUUUUAUCAGGUUUAUCAUUCAUCAGUUUUGUUAUGCUUUAAAGAUUUAUUCUUAUAGAAACCUUAAUGAAAAAGUAACGAUUUUAAACAGCAUAAAAUAAAUCUCAAGAACUCAUACUUUUUGUUAUUUUCCCUUAUGUGUGUAUUUUAUUUUUAAUAUAAUUUUAAGAUGAUAAAAUUAUUGCAUACUUUUCAAACUAUAUUUGUAAAAAUAUUUUAGAUUUUAUUACAGUGUUAUAGUGUUCUUCAAUGUAUUAGUAUAUUUUUCUUGGAUAAUUGAAAAAAAAUUACUUUGUGAAUUGUUAUUUGAAAGUUUAGACUUAAUGUAAGUCAAAAAAUUAUAAGAUUUCCUUUUGUUUUGAACUAAAACUGAUUUUUUUUUCCUUGAAAAAUGUCCAUAGCUUUGUUAUUACAAUCGUUGCUUUAUCUUUUGCAUAGCUUAAUAUGUUUCGUUUUAAGUUUCAUUGUGUUUGUAAAUUACUUUGGCAUUGAAACUAAUUUUUGGAAGAAAUUAACACUGAUUGUUUGUUUGUCUUUUCUAAAAAUUAUGCAUAAUUUUACUUUUGUAAUCAUAUUGUUGCUCUAUCAUUAGGGUAACUUCAUAGUUUAGUUAUCAAAUUUAGUUGCAUAUGAAAAUCUUGGAAAAUGCUUAGUAUGAAAGCUUUUAAGAAGAAAAAAUAAAGCUGCAUGUUGUUGUU